GGAAUUUAUUUCUAUUGGUAUAUAUAUUAAAUUUUAAUCCGGUGAAUAUCGGUGCUGUGAAUUGUUCAGUUUAUAGAAACUGGUUUGUUUCUUGUGCAUUUCUGGAUAAACGGAUAGCUAAGCCUACUGUGUGAUAACCAGCUGCUAUUACAUCAAACGUGAAGAUGGCUCCUAGACCUCAGGGAUUACAAGUUGACGAGAAUGUCACUGGCCUACAAGUCACUCCAGGCUUCGCCGAUAACUCUACUCAAACCGAAGCAGUAGAAACUGCAACAACUGGCAUACAAACUAUUUCGAGAGGAGUUGAUGCCGAGACUCAAACCAUUGGCUGUUGCAAGUGCAACUGUGCAAAUGUCAUACAAACUGUUGGUGCCGCGACUCAGACUCUUGGUUGUGCGAGCUACAAGAGAAGUGAAUCGAACUUGAAAAAAGCUGGUUCAAGCUUCAAGAAGAGCGAAUCUAGCAGUAGUUUGAAGGAGAUGUUCUCGAAGAUACGAGUUGACCUCAAGUCGGCCUUAGAGUUCAAUGAUGUUGAGGUUGAUACUAAGGAAGCCGUCAAGAAGGUGGAUGUUGUUGGCGAUGGGAAAAAACCUGCAAAGAUGUCUCUAGUAAUACCACCCCCACCACCACUCCCCGCCAUGCCAGCACUGGUGGGGAAAUCUUUGCUACCAAAUUUUGUUCUCAAGGACGCUGAAGCCAAGCCAACAGCUGAAGUCAAGGUCACAGCUAUUCCACCGCCGCCCCCUCUGCCAAUUGGAGCAAUUCCCCCGCCACCCACUCUGCCAAUGGGAGCUAUUCCCCCGCCAACCCCUCUGCCAAUGGGAGCUAUUCCCGCGCCUCCCCCUCUGCCAAUGGGAGCUAUUCCACCGCCGCCCCAUCUGUCAAUGGGAGCUAUUCCCCCGCCGCCCCCUAUGCCAAUGGGAGCUAUUCCCCCGCCGCCCCCUCUGCCAAUGGGAGCUAUUCCUCCGCCACCGCCGCCUCCAAUGAUGGGCGCCUCUACUUUCCCCAGCAUGAAGCCAGGCGUUGGAAAUGCAGUGUUGAGCAAAAGCAAGACAUUGCCGCAACAGAGCACCAUCAAGAUGAAGACCCUCAACUGGACCAAGGUUCCCAAGCAGAGGAUUGCAAAAUCCUUGUGGUCAGACAUGGGAGUGCAACUGCCAACUCUAAAAGUGGACUUUACCAAGAUGGAGGAGCUGUUCUGCCAGAAACAGCCAACAAAAUCAGCUGAUGCCUCCAAGAAUCAGCUGACAGAGAAGAAGGUGCAGAAAGUGAACCUGUUGGACAGCCAGCGCAGUUUCCUGGUUAACAUAUUUCUCAAGCAAUUUAAGGAAGAUGUUGCAUUUGUCCUGGAAUCGAUUAAAAAUGGCGCCGGUCUACCCGUCGAGAACUUGAAAUCGUUGAUGAAACUCAUGCCCGAAAAGAAAGAGAUUGCUGAAAUACGCGGUUAUGCCAGCAGCAAAAACCUUGGGGAAGCUGAGAGCUUCUACCUGCAUCUGUCUGACAUCGCCGACUACGAGCUGAGAGUGCAGGCAAUGCUCUUCAAACAAUAAUUCCAUGAACGAUACACUGAUGCAUCUGAGCAUUUGGAAAAAGUGAUUGAAACCUGCGAGUUCCUCAUCGAUGAUUGCAGUCUCAAGCAGUUCUUCAAGCUCAUCUUGCAACUUGGAAAUAAA